GUUAAUUUACGAAAAGAUGGUGUUUGAAUUCGUUGAACAAGAUUGUUGGUGGAACAAACAAAACCAUGAAGCUAACUUGAACUACAAAUGAAACAGAAUCCACCCUGUUUUCUCACCCUUGCUGUAACCUCUUCUCCUUUCUCUCUCUUCUUUGUGUCAUGCAAUUUCUUCCCUGUUCUCUUUAUAGGAUUAAACUUGGGAUUGUUUGAUUAUUCCGAAAUGACCCCACACCACUUAGUGUUAUGAUAACUUGGAACCUGUUGCACGCAAGAAUAAGUUGGACACACGCAAUAGCGCUAUUAUUUCUUCAUUUUUUGUUGUUGGUCAAAGAAAUAGUACCUGGGAGCCCUGAAUAUUCAAGCUGUGAUAUGGGGUACCUCAAUUCAGUCUUAUCCUCUUCAGGCCAGGUUCAUGCCACAGAAGAUUCACCUGUCAGCGGAGGGGGCCUCAGUCAGAAUGGCAAAUUCAGCUAUGGGUAUGCUAGCUCCCCUGGCAAGAGAUCAUCAAUGGAAGAUUUUUAUGAGACAAAAAUUGAUGGCGUUGAUGGUGAAAUUGUUGGCCUUUUUGGAGUUUUUGAUGGUCAUGGAGGUGCUCGUGCUGCCGAGUAUGUCAAGCAAAACCUGUUUAGCAAUUUGAUCAGACAUCCAAAAUUCAUUUCUGACACCAAAUCUGCUAUAGCUGAUGCAUAUAACCAUACCGACUCUGAAUUUCUGAAAUCUGAAAAUAAUCAAAACAGAGAUGCUGGAUCAACUGCUUCCACAGCCAUUCUUGUCGGAGAUCGAUUGCUUGUUGCAAAUGUUGGGGAUUCCAGAGCUGUUAUAUGCAGGGGUGGAAAUGCCAUUGCUGUUUCCCGAGAUCACAAGCCGGACCAAACUGAUGAGAGACGAAGGAUUGAAGAUGCAGGUGGCUUUGUUAUGUGGGCUGGAACUUGGAGAGUUGGUGGCGUUCUUGCUGUUUCUCGUGCAUUUGGUGAUAGACUCCUGAAGCAGUAUGUUGUUGCUGAUCCAGAAAUCCAGGAAGAAAAGGUUGAUAGCUCUCUUGAGUUUCUCAUAUUGGCCAGUGAUGGGCUAUGGGAUGUUGUCUCAAAUGAGGAAGCUGUUUCCAUGAUUAAACCGAUUCAGGACGCGGAGGAGGCAGCAAAGAGACUGAUGCAAGAAGCAUACCAGAGAGGUAGUUCUGACAACAUUACAUGCGUGGUUGUUCGUUUCUUGUCGAAUCAAGGUGCUUCUUCUCACAGUAACUCUGGCUAAGUGUUGUAUUAGAAGAGCAGUGUGUAUCUGGAGACAGAUAAGAAAAGGUGGGACGAGGCAAAAUCAGUUUGUUAUAGUUGGUGAGAGACAUUCCUUGUAGCUGUGUACCAUGCAAGAACAGAAAUCAAAUUUGAACUCACUAUGGUCCUCUAGCAUAGAUGUUUUCACAUUCAAACCAUUUCACUCCAUAAUUGAGUCCUAUUUGUAGGGAGGAAAAAAUAGCAGUGCAAAGAGUUUACAGUGUUUGAAUUGCUCACACAUGACAUGAUGUUUGUAAAUGUGGGAUUGAUCCUAUUAAUCCCCUCUCUCCCAAACAAACUACUAGUGUGCUUGGUUGAACUUAUGUUCCCUUUUCAUUCUUAAUCUGGUUUUACAGUGUUAGUCCCAUCCCAUCCCAUGUAACACCCACACUCAUGUUCUACUCUAAUAGUGGCUUUCAUCAACUGUAUAAUAAUGUCAAUCUACUUAGAAACAA